UCUGGAAUCAAUGUGUGAAACCAAGUUAUUAUCUCUAAAGAAGGAAGUUUAUGAAAUAGAAUUAUGCCAGAGGGAGAUAAUGGGACUUACAAAGCAUGGCCUUGAGUACUCCAGUUUUGGAGAUGUUUUGGAAUAUAGAAGCCGCCUUGCAAAACAACUGGGAUAUCCAAAUGGGCAUUUCAGUCAAGAAAUAUUCACUCCGGAAUACAUGCCCACAUUUAUUCAACAGACAUUCCUUACUCUCCAGCAAAUAAUGAAUAAUGAAGACAGACCCUUUGAAUGUAAGAAAUGUGGAAAGGCCUUUAGUCAGAACUCACAAUUUAUUCAACAUCAGAGAAUUCAUAUUGGUGAAAAAUCUUAUGAAUGCAAAGAGUGUGGGAAAUUCUUUAGUUGUGGUUCACAUGUUACUCGGCAUCUGAAAAUUCAUACUGGCGAAAAACCCUUUGAAUGUAAGGAGUGUGGAAAGGCCUUCAGUUGUAGCUCAUACCUUUCUCAACAUCAGAGAAUCCAUACCGGUAAGAAACCCUAUGAAUGUAAGGAAUGUGGGAAGGCCUUUAGUUAUUGCUCAAAUCUUAUUGACCAUCAGCGAAUUCACACCGGUGAAAAGCCUUAUGCAUGUAAGGUAUGUGGGAAAGCCUUUACUAAAAGCUCACAACUUUUUCAGCAUGUGCGAAUUCAUACAGGUGAGAAACCCUAUGAAUGUAAGGAAUGUGGCAAAGCCUUUACCCAGAGCUCAAAGCUUGUUCAACAUCAGAGAAUUCAUACUGGUGAGAAACCCUAUGAGUGCAAGGAAUGUGGCAAAGCCUUUAGUAGUGGCUCAGCACUUACUAAUCAUCAGAGAAUUCACACUGGUGAGAAACCCUAUGAUUGUAAGGAAUGCGGAAAGGCUUUUACUCAGAGCUCACAGCUUCGUCAACAUCAGAGAAUUCACGCUGGUGAGAAACCCUUUGAAUGUCUUGAAUGUGGGAAGGCCUUUACUCAGAACUCACAACUUUUCCAGCAUCAGAGAAUUCAUACGGAUGAAAAGCCAUAUGAAUGUAAUGAAUGCGGAAAGGCCUUUAAUAAAUGCUCAAACCUUACUCGACAUCUGAGAAUUCACACUGGUGAAAAGCCCUAUAACUGUAAGGAAUGUGGGAAGGCAUUUAGUAGUGGCUCGGAUCUCAUUCGUCAUCAAGGAAUUCAUACUAAUGAAUAAUAAAAAUUAAAGCCCCUGUCACCUUCCUCAUUUUUUAAACCAAAAAUCAUGUCUGAUACUUACCCUCUUCCACAGUUUUUUUAAAACUUUGUAUUUAAAUUUUGUAUCCAAUGUAUUUCACUCCAGGUUAUAAAUUCGGAGUCUAAAUUGACAUUCCCUCUCUCCUCCAGUCACAUACCAAUGCCAGCUGUUCUGUAAUUCUUUGGUUCAUUGUUUUGUUCUACUUUCUUGGUGACACAUUAUACUCUUGUUUAUAUUUG